AUGUGGACUCAGGGAGCAGUCCCUCAAGAAUUCAAAGAUGCUUCUGUGGUUCACUUCUACAAGCGGAAAGGCAACAGACAGGCGUGUGACAACCACAGAGGAAUAUCACUUCUCUGCAUCGCUGGAAAGAUCCUAGUGAGAAUCUUCCUGAACCGCCUCAUCGGACACCUGGGGAACGGCCUACUGCCAGAGAGCCAAUGUGGCUUCCGAAAGGAGCGUGGAGCCAUCGACAUGGUGUUCGCUGCACGCCAGCUGCAGGAGAAGUGCCAGGAGCAGAAUGUUGACCUGUAUACCACCUUUGUAGACCUGACGAAAGCCUUCGACACCGUCAGCCGCAGCGGCCUUUGGAGCAUCAUGAAUGCCUUCCAGGAUUCCGACCCAGACAUCAACAUCAGAUACAGAGCAGAUGACAAGCUGUUCAACUUGCGAUGCCUUCAGGCCAAGACCAAGAUCUACUUUGACAAGCUCCAUGACUUCCUGUUCGCUGAUGACUGUGCUCUCAAUGCCAGUAGCCCUGAAGACAUGCAGUACUCCAUGGACCUUUUCUUCACUGCCUGCAUCAACUUUGGUCUUAUGAUCAGCACCAAAAAGACCGAGGUUAUGUACCAACCUGCUCCAGGGAAACAGUACCGAGAACCAACAGUGACCGUGAACAAACAGAAACUGGCAGCUGUGGACAAGUUCACGUACCUCGGCAGCGCGCUAUCUCGCAGUGUGCACAUCGACGACGAGACUGAUGCCAGGAUCGCCAAAGCUAGUGUGGCCUUUGGCCGGCUGCGCUCAUCAGUGUAG